AUGGGUGUUCAGAAAAAGACUCGCAAAUUCGCAGAGGUGAAGCGAGUUAUCGGUCGUCGCGAUGCCAGACUAAAGGAAAACAAGCUCAAGGCUGAGCUCGCUCAGAAGGAGAAGGAAAAGAAGACCAUCAACGGCGAGCUUAUCCGAGAAGCGCCUCAGAUGCCCAGCAACAUGUUCUUUCAACACAACACAGCUCUCGUUCCUCCCUACAAUGUUCUCGUAGAUACCAACUUUCUCAGUCACACGGUUCAGCGAAAGCUCUCUCUUCUCGACUCCAUGAUGGACUGCCUCUAUGCGAAGUGUAACCCUAUCAUCACAUCUUGUGUGAUGAGCGAACUUGAGAAGCUCGGACCUAAGUACCGACUGGCACUAAGGGUUGCGAGAGACGAGCGAUGGACACGGCUUGAAUGCGACCACAAGGGCACCUAUGCCGACGACUGUUUGGUGGACCGGGUCCAAAAAAACAGGGUAUACAUCGUUGGUACAAAUGAUAAGGCACUCAAGCAACGGCUACGAAAGAUUCCUGGUGUGCCUAUCAUGAGUGUGGCGAGGGCCAAGUCAUGCUGUUGUUUGAGAAUGGGUUUAGUUGAGAAGAUGACUCACUUUACCCAACGAUCGUUGUUAAACUCAUCCAGUGUUGCCUGGAUCCCAAACGAUAAUGAUCAGUCAUCAACAUCUGAAGCCCGUCAGAAACGCUCACGCGUUCUUCUUUCAUGUGCACCAUGUCGCAACUCAAAGUUAAAAUGUGAUAGAGAGCAACCAUGUGGACAAUGCUCAAAAAAGGGACGCGCAUCACAGUGUGCCUAUGCCCCAAAACCUGAACGGAAACGGCCUGCCAAAGGCAUGUCCGCACGCUUGAAGCGUCUCGAGGGUAUGGUGCGGGAGAUGAUGGACUCUGAAGGCUCAGCCCCAGGAACCCAAGCAAGUGCUGGAAUCGGGCCAGGCUUGGCGAAUGGUACUGCUACAGGACCAGAGGUCCAAGGCCAUGUCGUACAUAGUGAGAGAGGGGCAACCUACGUGGGCGCAACGCAUUGCAUGGCGAUGCUGGAAGAUAUUGAGGACUUGAAGGACUACUUUGAGCAGCCUGAAGAAGCGGGAGAAGAUCAAAUCCUAGACGACGAGAUUGAUCCCACAGAACUCAUGUUAAACACAAGAGCUGGACCAAGGAACCGAGAGGAGCUGCUAAGUCGCCUACCAGAAAGAAAGGUCGCGGACAGACUUCUUUCGCGCUACUUUGCUUCGAUGAGUCCUUCGCAACAUAUUGUUCACCGGCCAGUUUUUACCAGGCAGUAUUCUAAGUUCUGGCAAGACCCCAACGAAGCAUCAUUGCAUUGGAUAGCGCAGUUAUUCAUGAUGCUCAGCCUCGGCGUAUUUUUCAACAAAUUUAUCAACUCAAGUGAGCUUGAGGGUGACUCUCCUCUCCCAGCUCAGGACAGAAUCCGCCACUACAAGGCUUGUGCUGGAUGGGCUCUCGUUUGGGGUAAAUACACACAACCAUCUUCGGCAACGCUCCCAGCGUUCUUACUUUACGUCGAGUCAUCUUUCCUCUUCAACCGUGCGGCUCAGAUGAACUGCUACGUGCUCUCGGGCGUGUGUAUCCGUCUGAUGCUCAAGAUGGGUCUCCAUAGAGACCCAAGCAAACUGGCGAACAUCUCACCUUAUGAGGGCGAGAUGCGGAGGCGCAUGUGGAACAUGGCUAUUCAAGUCGAACUUCUCGUUUCCUUCCACAUGGGCCUUCCAAGUAUGCUGCAAGGUAUAGAAACUGAUACUGCAGUACCGCGAAAUCUAGACGACCAUGACUUUGAUGAGGAUUCGACGGAAUUGCCUCUUAGUCGACCACCUACAGAUUGGACUUCCAUGACAUAUCCGAUUCAUAAGACACAGAUCCUUCGGGUGUUUGGACAGAUCGCGAGACAAGCCCAUGCUCUGACUCCGCCAAGUUAUGCCGAGGUCGCCAAGCUCGACAACUUGCUGCAGGAGACCUGGAAGAGUGUCCCAUCCUUUAUGAUGGUACGGCCACUAGAUGAGUGUGUUGGCGAUCCGCCCGUUCUGCUCAUUCAGCGUUUCGGGUUGACAGCCCUAUACAACAAAUGCCGUAUUGUAUUGCAUCGUCGAUAUCUCGCGGAGGCAAUUCCGCAACGUGAACAUGAUUACUCACGCAGGCAAUGUCUGGAGGGCGCUUUGUCAUUGCUCAACUACCAGCACAUUAUCUGGGAAGCUUGCAAGCCAGGUCACGUAUUGAGUCAGCAUGGUUGGUUUGUCUCAUCCCUCGCGGUUCACGACUUUCUCAUGGCCGCAAUGGUACUUUACCUCGUCGUCAAGAACGAAAACUACUCAGAAGUUGGGAGUGACUAUGACUGGAUGUCGCAGACUGCACCAACGCCGACUAAGGACGAACUCAUUUGUAUGAUCAAGCGAUCUUGGCUCAUCUGGGCAGAUGUGUCGCGAGACACAGUAGAAGUUAAGAAAACAGCAGAUACACUGGCUACGAUGUUGGCUAAGCUCGGAGCCCCAGUUGAAGAGCCAGCGAAUACCCUUGAGCAAGCUGCUCCCAGUGUUGGUGCUGAUAACGAAUACUCCUCGCUUGGGGCUCUGUCUGUAGAUCCUAGCACACUGGGGUCGAUCGGGGGUGAUCCGACACUGCUAUCGACUCUGGGGUUGGGCUCAUCAACGGGAUCUACGUCAGACCAGACACCCCUGGAUCUUAAUCUGGCAGGAGAUGCAGGAACUAGCAUGAACUUUACGAAUAUGGGGACGGAAGGUCUUCAGUUUGACCCGGCUUGGAUGGAUACUGCAGCCAGCAACAUGGACUGGCGUUACCUCGACAUAUCACUGGCUCACAGUCAUGAUGCUGGACGCAAUGAGGACACUGGUCAGACGUGGAUAGAGAGAGCACCACCAUUGGAACAAAUGGAUAUCAUGGGGUCAGGAAUCUGGAUCCCAGAUCGUCCUGAAUACACUUGA